AUGGAGACGAUAAUCCCUACAAAUGCAUCGUGCUUCGUUCUACCAAAUCUCUUCAAGAUAACGUCCCCGGUUUUCGAACUCAGAGAAAAUCCUCUUCAAGCACAAGCAGACGAACGCGCAAUUGAAUGGUUUCGGAGGUUUGGUGCUUGUGACACCGAGACCAUGAACCAAUUCCUCAGUAAGGGUAGAUUCGACAUCUUAGCGGGCUUAGGCUUCCCAGAUGCCGAUCUACAACACCUCGAGACUUGCACAAUGUGGCUCAUGUGGGGUUUUUGCCUGGAUGAUUUCACAGACUCGGACUGGCAACGCGAUCCUGACACCGUCCAAGCAGAGCAUCAGAAUACACAUGCGAUACUAUACGACGCCGAUGCACCACAGCCAACCCACCCUUGGGCCGGGAUGCUAUGGGACAUAUUGCGCCGUAUCCGCGCGACGGCCACUGCGAAUAACUACAAACGGUAUGCAGCUUGUUUUCUAUCAUUCUGCCAGAGUUUAAGACCCCUAAGUUUCGUUCGUGCGUAUCUUGAGUGGUCCCAGGCGGAGGUCAAGCAAUCAAAAAACCGCUCCCUCGACUACCUCCCGACUGUUCAGGAAUAUAUUACGUUGAGGCGGUCUACAUACGCCGGAAAUUACUUUGCCACGAUGAUCGAAUACGCUGGAAAUUUCAAGAUCCCUCCGGAUGCGAUUGAGGAUCCCGCUUUGGUAUCGAUGUCGAACGCGCUCAUCGAUAUUAUGGCGUGGACCAAUGAUCUAUGUUCACUUCAGAAAGAAUAUAAUAACGGAGACUAUCAUAACCUCGUCGUCAUCGUGAAACACUACGAAAAUUGUACUUUACAACAAGCCGUAGACAAAGUGGUCGGCCUGACCGACCGUCGUGCGAAGGAAUACAUGGAUAUGAAAGCCAAACUCCCUUCCUUCGGGGCAGAAGUCGAUCGCGAGGUGUCCCAAUAUUUCAAAGCUUUCGAAAAUUAUGUCCAGGGAACAAUCAUGUGGUGUUACCUGUGUCCCCGCUAUUUCAGCGGCUUCGAAGCCCCUGUUGAGAGGGAUUCUCUAACUAUCAAGUUGGACAUGCAUUGA